AUGGCAAUUGUUUCUGAAUUAAACGGAAACCAAAACCCGGGUUUGGAUGAUGGCAGUGUAACUGAUGCAAAGAGCAAAAGACACCCAAGAUGGACUAGGCAAGAAACUCUUACACUCAUUCAGGCUAAGGAAAUCACUGAAAACUCCCCUCACAAAGGCAGAAAGAUCAGUUCUGCAUUACUAGUUAAUGCAGGUGCAGGUGCAGGAGCAGGAGCAGGAUCAUCAUCAUCGUCGCCGUCGUUGUUGUUUGAUAACACGGAGCCGAAGUGGGUAAUGAUAUCAUGUUACUGUAAGCAGCAAGGUGUGAAGAGGGGUCCUGCACAAUGCAAGAAGAGGUGGAGUAAUCUGAUAGGAGAUUUCAGGAAGGUGAAAAAUUGGGAGUCUAAGAUGGUAAAUAAGGCUGACUCUUUUUGGAAUAUGAGAAAUGAUCUUAGAAAAGAGAAGAAGCUGCCUGUUACGUUCGAUGUCGAAGUGUUUAAGGUUUUGGAAGGAAGGGAGACUGGUGCUGCUGGUGCUGUUUCGCCGUUGCCUUUACAGGCGGUUCCUGCUGCUGCUGCUGUAUCUGAUGAUGCUGAGUUUGGUUCCGAGGAGGGUGGCGACGAUGACGAGGUUGAUGAGGAGGAUGAGAAAAUGCAGGAUGGUGCAGAGGUUUUGUCUGAAAUCAAGAAUAAAGUGCAGGAGACUCUGGCAAUAACAGGGAAGUUGGAUGAUGUUAAGUCUGCUGACAAUGUGACUGAGGAACCUGUUAAGAAUUUCUGCAUUCAAGAACCGAUUUCAGAAGAGCAGCAUCAUCAAGCAUUCCAGAAAAAGAACAAAAGCUCGAAUCAAGAUACUUCAAAAGAAUCAAGGCCAAACUUCUCUAACGAGGAUUCACAAGGAAAGGGCAAAAGACAGCGAUUAUCUACAGAUGAAUGUAAAGCAAACUGCUCGGAAGAACAACUCUUAAAGGUGUUGGAGGAAAACAACAGAUUGUUGAAUGCACAACUCGAAAGUCAUAACAAAAACUGUCAACUGGAGAGAGAACAGAGGAAACAGAACAACAAUGAAUUGAUGUCUACACUUAGCAACCUUACUGAUGUCCUGUCUAAGAUUGCUGAGAAGCUGUGA